UAAAUGGACAAGCGAGAUGGCUGACCAGCACAUUCGGCAGCCGUCCACAGCAGAACAGCAGUCAUGGCAUUCAAGCUUGUUGUCUUCGUCGCCUGCGUGGCUGCGGCCAGCGCUGGGGUCAUCCCCGCCGGCCCAGUGGCGUACUCCGGCUACGCCGCCCCCGCUGCGUACGCCCACGCCGCCCCCGUGGCGUACUCUGGCUACGCUGCUCCCGCCGCGUACGCCCACGCACCCGUGGCAUACGCCGCCCACGCCGCCCCCGUCGUCAAGAGCUUCGCUGCCCCCGUUGCUUACGCCCACGCCCCCGUUGUCGCCAAGGCCGUCGCCCCCGUGUCCGUCGACACCGACUACGACCCCAACCCCAGCUACAGCUACUCCUACGACAUCCAGGACGCCCUGACCGGCGACUCCAAGGGCCAGCAGGAGACCCGCCAGGGUGAUGUUGUCCAGGGCUCCUACUCCGUCGUCGACCCCGACGGCACCCGCCGCACCGUCGAGUACACCGCCGACCCCGUCAACGGCUUCAACGCUGUUGUCCACAAGCAGCCCCUGCAGGCUGCCGUGGUGAAGACUGUCGCCGCCCCCGUUGCCUACGCUGCCCCCAUCGCCAAGGUCCACGCCCCUGUGGCCUACGCCGCCCCCAUCGCCAAGGUCGCCGCCCCCGUAGCGUACGCCCACCCCGCCCCUCUGGGUUACCAGGCUGCCGCUGCUUACUACCACUAAGUCAACACCAAAGUCCCCUCAUUAUAAAUAGUCCAUCCCCACGCAAUAAAACAUCACCAGUCCCACCA